CAGCUUUGGACCCUUGUGUGUGGAUCGCUUUACCCAGAGGCUUGGAAAGCGCCAGUAUUAACCUGCUUCCAGGUACAUCACAAGGUCACCAGAGGGUCUUGCAGCCGUCUUGUUUCUGUGCAUCUAGACCUUCCUGUCUUGGCCCGAAGGAUAUUUACGUUUCGGUCGACAUAAUUUGAAGCCAAAAGUUCAGUCUGUCGAGCUGGUUUCUGCACAAUUAAGGUAACAAGAAUUGCCUUUCAAACUGCUUAACAAAACCCCCGACUCUUCGACUCUUCCUUGCUGGUUCCUGGCUCUUGCCUCCCCACCAAAAUGUCACCAGCUCUUGAAUUACGUGGAUUUGGGUUGGAGGAGAACUUGAAGGAAACGUGAUAGAACCGCUAUGCCAGACCACUCUCUUUGCUGCCUGUGGUCCGGUGGGCAUCGAAGCCGAUCGUGAGAAGGACCAGUCCCCUCCUUGCUUUUCCUUCCCCGUGCUAUACUGUGUGUGUAUGUGUGUGUGCAAGUGUGAAUGCGAGUGCGCGCGCGCCUGUCUGCGAGUGUGUGUGUGUGUUUGAGUGUGUUUCUGUGUGUGCGUGCGCGGCCGCCCUGCCUCUGCCCGAUCCCUGGGUGCAGAAACGCGGGUUUCAUGGGGCGAUCGCCGCGGAUCCCCCGCCCAGCGCGACCUGCGGGCAACGGCGGCAGUGGCAGGAGCCGCCUCUCGGACUCCCUAGGAUGCGGGUGCUGAGCUAUGGCAAAGGGCAGCGAAGUGACGAGCGAGACCCGCGUACGACUGUGAAAGCCACCUGGAAACACCUUGCCGGGAUUGUACCUGCGGGCAGAAAGUCUUCCUACGACCGUCUUUCCUCUAGAGGCACCAGAGUCCCUGUAACCAUUCUGCCAGGUGUUGGGAAGAUAUGUAGUAGCUGAGCACCUUACUUCUGUCACCAUCCUCAGAAUCAACUUUGGAGAUGCUUUCACCCUGUCCGUCUUCUGCAGCAGACAGGCCGAGUGCUGACUCCUUCUCAGCAGUGAGGAACUCUUCAGACUCCAGAAGCUCUUAAAACUGAUCUACAAUGGAAAAAUUUCUUUUUUAUCUGUUUUUCAUUGGCAUAGCAGUGAAAGCUCAGAUCUGUCCAAAGCGUUGUGUCUGUCAGAUUUUGUCUCCUAAUCUUGCAACCCUUUGUGCCAAGAAAGGGCUUUUGUUUGUGCCACCAAACAUUGACAGAAGAACUGUGGAACUGCGUUUGGCAGACAAUUUUGUUACAAAUAUUAAAAGGAAAGAUUUUGCCAAUAUGACCAGCUUGGUGGACCUGACUCUAUCCAGGAAUACAAUAAGUUUUAUUACACCUCAUGCUUUUGCUGACUUACGGAAUCUGAGGGCAUUGCAUUUGAAUAGCAACAGAUUGACUAAAAUUACAAAUGAUAUGUUCAGUGGGCUUUCCAAUCUCCAUCAUUUGAUACUGAACAACAAUCAGCUGACUUUAAUUUCUUCUACAGCAUUUGAUGAUGUCUUUGCCCUCGAGGAGCUGGAUCUGUCCUAUAAUAAUUUAGAAACAAUACCAUGGGAUGCUGUUGAGAAGAUGGUUAGCUUGCACACCCUCAGUUUGGAUCACAAUAUGAUUGAUAACAUUCCUAAGGGGACUUUCUCCCACUUGCACAAGAUGACUCGGCUAGAUGUAACAUCAAAUAAAUUGCAGAAGUUACCACCUGACCCUCUCUUUCAGCGAGCUCAGGUCCUAGCAACCUCAGGAAUCAUAAGCCCAUCUACUUUUGCAUUAAGUUUUGGUGGAAACCCUUUGCAUUGCAACUGUGAAUUGCUGUGGUUAAGGCGUCUGUCCAGAGAAGAUGACCUGGAGACCUGUGCUUCCCCAGCGCUUUUAACUGGCCGCUAUUUUUGGUCAAUUCCUGAGGAAGAGUUUUUGUGUGAGCCUCCUCUCAUUACUCGUCAUACACAUGAGAUGAGAGUCCUGGAGGGUCAGAGGGCAACCCUGAGGUGCAAAGCGAGGGGAGACCCCGAACCUGCAAUUCACUGGAUUUCUCCUGAAGGGAAGCUUAUUUCAAAUGCAACAAGAUCUCUGGUGUAUGAUAAUGGAACACUUGACAUUCUUAUAACAACUAUUAAGGAUACAGGUGCUUUUACCUGCAUUGCUUCCAAUCCUGCUGGAGAAGCAACACAAAUGGUGGAUCUUCAUAUAAUUAAGCUCCCUCACUUACUAAACAGUACGAACCAUAUCCAUGAGCCUGAUCCUGGUUCUUCAGAUAUCUCAACUUCUACUAAGUCAGGUUCUAAUGCAAGCACUAGUAAUGGUGAUACUAAAAUCAGUCAAGAUAAAAUCGUGGUGGCAGAAGCAACAUCAUCUACGGCACUGCUUAAAUUUAAUUUUCAAAGAAAUAUCCCGGGAAUACGUAUGUUUCAAAUCCAGUACAAUGGUACUUAUGAUGACACCCUUGUUUACAGAGGCCGGAGUUAAUCUGAAGAGCACCACUUCUCUCUCUCCUGAAAAAACUUGCCACUGAUAUUUUUACCAGACAAAAUUUAAAAAUGUUUCAAUUCACAAAGGUUAAUUGUUGAACUGGUGUCCUAGAAGAAAUUGUCCACAGGAGCUGAAGCAGAAGUCUCUGAUGCAGCGGAACUGGCUCUAUCAGACCAUGGUUCAUCCCCUUUUAAAACCAAAAUUUUUUUUCUUCUGACCUACAAGUAUUUUUUUUAAAAGAAGGAAAGAAAUAAGCCUACAUUGGCAUCGAGUUCUGUAUCAAUCCAUGUUACAUUGCCAUCCAUGAUUUAAGACUGUAGAAUCUUGAAUAAUCUAUAUCACUUUAACAAAUAAAUGUUUUACUAUGA